UUUCCUAAAUUUGUUUUAUGUCACAGCUUGAGUCGUGAUGUCUAUCAGGAAAAUAUGUACAAAAAAACCGGUAAUGGAAAAUUACCAAUUAAAUGGUUGGCUCUUGAAUCAAUGACACAUCAGGUCUACACCACCCAAAGUGAUGUAUGGUCUUAUGGCGUAUUGUUAUAUGAAAUUAUAACACUGGGCGCAACACCUUAUCCUUCAAUAUCAACAAGUCGUUUAUUGCAUUUAUUGAAAAGUGGUUAUCGUAUGGAGAAACCUAAAGGUUGUGGCCAAGAGUU